CCAACGUCACUAAGUGCUCCGACGAUGUCCACACCAAAGGCGAAGGCGAAAGCCAAAGCACCGCAACUUUCAGAUCAGGACAUACAGCAGACUUAUUCGCGCUUCCAAAAUGAACUGCAGAGUAUUGCAGGAAAGAUCGGUGAAUUAGAACAAGAGGCAGAGGAGCACACUUUGGUGCUUGCGACCCUCGAUGAAGCGCUGAAGAAGGAGCCAAAUCGCAAAUGCUUCCGCUUGAUCGGCGGUGUUCUGGUUGAACGAACCGUUAAGGAGGUCGUUCCUGCGCUGCGAACGAACAGGGAUGGGAUUAAGAAAGUCGUCUCCACGCUCACUGACCAGAUCAAGGCGAAGGAACAAGAAUUUGAAAACUUCAAGAGAGAGUAUAACAUCCGUGUCGUUCAGAGGGCGUAGUCGACCCCAUGUAACACAUUUGACUUUGAAGUCUUCCGUUGGACUCCCGGUGGCGAUCGCUGGAUACCAUGGCCUUCUCAUGGAUAUCUCAGUGCGAAUAUUUCCACCAUAUUUGCUCGAUGUCAGCACCAUUAUCACACCAAAUGGGAGACCUAGAAAUUUCUCUGGCCCGUCUUCAUGCGCUUGGGCUUGUGAGCUAGGCAGUAGCGCGGUCUCCCACUAAUCAUCAUUGUUAGUGUAGGUAGUCUCCUGCCGCUCGCUUG